CUAGAAAAUUCGGGCACGCACCGCACAGCAAACCACUAGCGAUCGCGAGACACUUCAGCGACAAACCGGCAAUUUGUUCAGCGCGUAUUGAAAGUGAUUUUCACCGAAGUGUUUUUCGUGCUUGUGAAUUCGAGAGGGAGAUCCAUUAGUUUUGCAAUUCAACAGUUAUUAAAUUUGUGUUCCAAUGGCUGCUAUGUCUGUCAUAGGUAUUGAUUUCGGCAAUGAAUCUUGCUACAUUGCUGUGGCAAAAGCAGGUGGCAUUGAAACAAUAGCUAAUGAUUACAGUCUUCGAGGUACACCAUCAUGUGUUGCAUUUUCAUCAAAAAAUCGAAUAUUGGGAGUUGCUGCAAAGAAUCAAACAGUUACAAAUAUGAAAAACACCGUUUUUGGGUUCAAAAGAUUGUUAGGCAGGAAGUAUUCGGACCCACACGUGCAGAAAGAGCUGAAGCACUUUCCUUUCAAGGUGGAACAAAGACCUGAUGAUGGAAUUGGUAUCCGGGUCCACUAUUUAGGCGAAGAAAAUGUUUUCAGCCCUGAACAGAUAACUGCAAUGUUGUUUACAAAACUCAAGGAUAUUGCAGCUACGGCCCUCGGCACUCAAGUGAAUGACUGUGUCAUCUCCGUGCCCAGCUACUUCACCAAUGCUGAGAGAAAUGCUCUGUUGGAUGCUGCUGCAAUCUCUGGGCUCAAUGUGCUGAGACUCAUGAAUGAAACCACUGCCACUGCUCUCGCUUAUGGUAUCUACAAACAAGAUCUGCCUGCCCCUGAAGAGAAACCUAGAAAUGUGGUUUUUGUAGACUUUGGACAUAGUUCCCUGCAGGUAUCCGCAUGUGCCUUUAACAAGGGCAAGCUGCGUGUGCUGGCCACCGCCACUGACGCCCACUGUGGAGGCCGCGACAUAGACAUGGCAUUGGCUGAAUACUUCUCCCAGGACAUCCUAACUAGACUUAAGUUAGACGCUAGGAAAAACCAGAGGGCUUUCUUCCGUUUGAUCCAAGAGGUAGAGAAGCUGAAGAAACAGAUGUCAGCAAACAGUACUAAACUGCCUCUCCAUGUUGAAUGCUUCAUGGAGGAAAGAGAUGUGUCAGGCGAGUUGCAGCGCUCGCAGAUGGAGGAGAUCUGUGCUGACACCUUCAACCGUGUUGAGAGGACCCUCAGAUCUAUACUCCACAAUGCUAAACUUCGUCCUGAGGACAUCAACUCGGUGGAGAUUGUGGGUGGCUCUACUAGAGUCCCUGCAGUCAAAGCUCUGAUUGAGCAAGUCUUUGGGAAAGUUGCUUCAACAACACUUAACCAGGACGAGGCGGUGUCGCGCGGCUGCGCGCUGCAGUGCGCCAUGCUGAGCCCGGCGGUGCGCGUGCGCGAGUUCAGCGUCACCGACGUGCAGCCCUACGCCGUGCGCCUCGCCUGGGACGCGGCGCGCGGCGAGGACGGCGACCUGGAGGUGUUCCCAGCUUUCCAUCCAGCACCAUUCUCCAAAAUGCUGACAUUCUACAGAAAGGAACCAUUCUCAGUCAGAGCCUACUAUACCGACCCCGUGCCCUAUCCCGAUUCGUUCAUUGGUCAAUGGAACAUAAAGGAUGUCCAGCCGACCGCCGAGGGCGAAUCACAGAAAGUAAAAUUGAAAGUGAGAGUGAACAUUCACGGAAUCGUCACUGUCGCGUCAGCGUCGUUGGUAGAAAAGAAAGCGGACGCCCAGAGCGACAGCAUAGAUAUGGAAAACGAGAACGCGAACAACCAGGAAACGCCCAUGGAAACUAACGGGUCACAAGAGCAACAGCAGAAUGGGCCUGAGAACCAAGAGGAAUCUGACGAUAAAAAGGACAAGUCUAAAGAGAAGAAGAAGGUGCUAGUGAAGACCGUCGAGUUGCCGAUCGACGCGCGCACGCACGGCUUCUCGCAGACUGAGCUCAACUCCUUCAUGGAGCAAGAGGGCAAGAUGCAGGCGCAGGACCGGCAGGAGAAGGAGCGCGCGGACGCCCGCAACGCGCUGGAGGAGUACGUGUACGAGCUGCGCGGCAAGCUGGGCUCGGGCGAGGCGCUGCACGAGUUCGUGGAGCCGGCGCAGCGCGCGCGCCUCGUGGCCGCGCUCGACGCGCUGGAGGCCUGGCUCUACGAGGACGGCGAGGACCAGAACAGACAGGUGUACGUGGACAAGCUGACGGAGCUGCGCACGGAGGGCGAGCCCAUCAAGCAGCGGCGCCUGGAGUUCGAGCUGCGGCCCGGCGCGCUCGACGACUACUCGCUCGCCAUACAGCUCACCAAGAAGGCCGUCGACUUAUUCAAAGCGGGUGACGCGAAAUACAACCACCUGUCGGAAGCCGACAUGGCGACGGUGUCGGAUGCGGCGGCGGCGGCGCUGGCCUGGGUGGAGGCGGCGCGCCAGGCGCUGCAGCGCGCGCCGCGCCACCUGCCGCCCGCGCACACCACGCACCAGAUCCGCCAGGAGCGACAGAACUUCGAGAGCACCGUGAAUCCGAUCCUCAACAAACCGAAGCCCAAGGAGAAGACCCCGCCGCCCGCGCCCACCGGCGACGGCCAGGCGCCCGCGCCCGACGCGCCGCAGCCCGACCACAUGGACGUCGAGUGAACACCCCCCACCACCACCACCCCCCGCCCGCUCCAGCGACACCUACUCAUGACUGUUCACAGUCAAUAUAUUAUGAAACUAUUUAAAGCUCAACAUAUUCAUCAUCACCGUGACGAUGUUACAUUUUCCUACAAUUUAAACCGUACCGCGUUCACGGGGGGCACUUCAAAGACGAGCGGUUUGAGUAUCUAGCCCAUGCACGAUGUCCCACUAUGCGAAAAUAACAUCUGCGCGAGCACGCUAGUAUGAUUCCUUUUAGUUGUAGUGAUGUGAUGUCGGCGUCACGUUAAGUCUUGAUCCAAGAUUUAAGACUCCCCGGUUACCGCAGCGCGGGUCGCUGCGCGCCGACGUAUCUAAUGCGUCACUAUUUUAAGAUUCAGUUCUGAUGCGAUGCGUGAGCGUUAUAGGACCUAUCACUGUCGGUUAUGGCAAACUGCUAUGCUUUUUCUGUUGGAACAAAAAUCCAUAACCGAUAUAACAUCCUUCGAUAACUUGCGGAAAAUAAUACUUUUCUAUAUGAACACGUGUCGCUUUAUAUUUCUUAUAAAUGUCUAGAGCUGAAAUGAUUGACUCGAUACUAUCUGAUUGGAAUCGAUUUAGGAACGCUGUAUGUAUUAUGUAAUUGUAUUAUAUUACUAGAGAGCAUUUUUUCAACGUCCGCGUUGUUAUAAAUUAGUAAAGUUAGCAAAAUUGUAUAUCUAUAAAUUAAAAUGGAGUCUGUCUUGAUAAUAAACUUGUACAUUACAAAAAUAUAGAAUUUAAUAAACAGGUCGAGCCCAGUUUUGAACGUUAUCCGUGCAACGAUCUACACAACAAACUUAGGGUAUACAAGGACCAAUUCUGUAUCAUCACGGAUGUUGAGCAGCGACCUACUAGACUGCUGGAACGAUAGCGCGGGUGAAACGUUAACGAUUCACUUGUACGUUGUAUAGGUCAGAUAUGUGAUAUUAUAUGUAUCGGGCGAGUUUCGGCUCUCAACAUAGCCACUGAAGUUAAUUUAAAGUAAAAAUAUUUAUUUUGUUAGCCGACCGCAAAUUUUAUGUUUGCUAUUUUAAAUACCUCCAUUAAAAGAGCGAAUCUACGUAUAGGGUAUUUUGCCGUUAUGCCCUUUUAUAGGAGGUAUGGGUAACACGAUUUUACAGUAACAAUAAUUAUAUUUGAAGCAACGCUGAAUAGCAUUAACCAUUAAUAUUAUUAAUUUAAAAUUGUGAAUGAUUGUCUUUUGUACCUUUGUUUUGCAGUCCACUCCUGUGAUUAAUGAUUACGUUGUUGAUUGUGAGAUAGUUAUUAAAGAUUUGGAAAGUGAGGUAUUGUUUAAUAUGCUCUAAAUAUCGUUUAGCUUAAUUUUAUUUAGUUAAAGUUUUUAACUUAUAAAAUGUAACUGGAUUUUAAUGGAUAUGAAAUUGGUAUUGAUUGAGUUUAAAAUCCCGCACACCUCCAGCACAGCUUUUCAAAUUUAGAUUUCGUUUUAACCAAGGUUAUUUCACGAAAAAAGUAGCGCGAGUCGCCAUUACAUUGCGUGUUUAUUCAUGAUAACGAAUGGAAUAAAAAGAGAGACUCUAGAUUUAAAGUAAUUCUGUUAGCAUUAUGAAUAAAUCGAAACAUGCUAUGUAACGAUGACUCGCGUUGCUUUUCUGGAGGAAUAAUCAAGUGCAUAUUGUUCAAAUUGUAAUCACUGAAAAUAGGUACUUUUAUAAUCUGAAAGCUGCAUUGAAAAUUACGGCUUCAUGUGUACUUUACAGUGAAGUUCAUAUUUGACAUAAAUAUUUACAAAGUUAGCGCAUUUAUGUACGAGUAAUAACAAUAACCAUGUUAUAGGUUUCAACGUUCUUUAAAAUAAUCACUUUGGCUAUGUACUCUUUGACUUUAAUAUAAAUUAAAAGUAAAAUUUGAAUUAACAAGUCACACGGCUUGAUUAUUAUCAUAUGAUGCUAAUUCUUGCAUUUAUUUAUUAUGUUUGGUUUUAUUUUACAAUUUUUGUAAAAGUUAAAUUAAAGCGUACAUCUUUUAUAAGAGUGAAACAGUCCCAGCACGCAAGUCCACAAAUUUGAAUGUAAUUAUUGCAAGAAAUACUUCUAUAGUUUGAAUACCCGUCAAUAGAUGUAGGGACUCUUGGACCAUGUACAAAAACAAGAGAUGAUGGUCACGUAUCUACAAAACCAUAAACUACUAUCUACUUUAACUUGUCCAACUUCUAACAAUGUUUUAAUUGUGAUACAGAGGACCGUCAUACGCCGGCAGGAUUCAAAUUCGUUGUGUCUCAUAGCAUUUAUUUUCUUAAUUCUUAUUAUUGUGGUUAUUUCUGUGAUGAGAUAAUAGUCAUUAUUUUGUCAAUUGGACUUUUCCUUCCACACUCGACAAGAUUGAAUACUUGAGGGAGCUUCGUCUCAAUAUUGACACGAUGCAAGCACCCAUACGUUGUAAAACCCUGUAAUCCUCAGGUCUCAACAUCAGACAAGUCUGCAUUCAUUAGUUUGAGGCGGUUUUACAAUUUUUUUAUACACUAUAUAUUGUGAUAAAUGCACAGCAUUUAAUAGUGGGAGAAACCGCAAUACUAUUUUUUACUAUUGUAGAGUUGCUAAACACUGGGAUUUAGAGCAAAUUAGUGUGAUGUUUUUUAAACGUCCGACAUAAACGCUGAGAAGGGAGGUCUCGUUUUCGCUACCUCUUAACGUCUUUCCCUUCUAGGUUUUGGUGAGUUAGUAUCUCAAUAUUCGCAAUAAGAAUAUUCUCACUUUACAAACCGCCUACAAAAUGUUAGGUGAUCCUAUUUUUUUUUGUUAGCACGGGUAUGUUUGAAUGUGUGCUUAAAGUAUUUUUAACUUAAUAUUAUCAACGUAACACACUGGAAAAGGUCCAUUGGCCUAUAAUUUACAUUCUAGCAAAUGGUUCAACCAUUAUAAUAUGUUAUUUUGUGCAUUUUGAAUGUUAAGAGCUUAGUAAAUGAAUGAUUUAACAAUA